AUGCAGAUCAUACGGACACUCCUACGCAUCUUCUUACCCUUGUUCUAUUCAUUGUCAAGCGGCGAACAAGCGACAGGGCCGAUUCUAUCCGAUAGGCUGCAGGAAGUCAUCGGCAUCUCGGCUGAUCGCCUUCCUAAUAACCAUCUAUCUCUAUUCUACUCUACAUUUUCUGUGAACAUGACGUUUCCGCGAACGGCAUCUAGCCACCGAGGAGGAUCUCCCCAGCAGCAUGGAGGUCCUCUUCGAGGGCGAGUUGGCGCGCGAGGUGGAGGAGUCGCUGGGGGACAAGGCGGUCCCAGCGUCUCUGUUCCAUCUCCUGUAGAGGCUAUCGGUGUACGUCGUCCUGGAUCUGGAACUGCGGGGAGGGAAAGUAUUGUUCGUGUCGAUGCAUGUGAGAUGAACGUCUCCAACAUCGCGGAAUAUAACUACGAUGGUGGUGUAAAUGUUGUGCACGAUUGGAACCGGGUUCGCAGGACAGCUUACAGGCCGAUGCCUCUCAGAGCUUGGAUCGUUAUGAUAUUCGUUCCACAGGACCGCUUCAGUCCAGAUGACGUGCAAAGGGCUAUAUCAAGCCUAGUUCAAGGAUGCGAACUCAUCCGCAUGACGGUGCAAGACAAGCAACCAUUCUUUGUCUACAAGGAUCCCCAGAGUCUGCUUGCUGAAAAGUCUAUCUCUGAUGCCGUAUCGCAAGUUAGAGAUGAGCGCAAAAUAACACCCACAUUGAUUGUCUGUAUCCUUCCUGAGGGGAACACUGACUUGUAUAUGACAAUCGAAUACUGUUGCGAUGUGAAGCUAGGCGUAGCCAAUCACUGUCUCCGGGUCGACAAAUGUAAAACUACCAGACUGCAAUACUGGGCGAACGUUGCACUAAAGAUCAAUGCUAGUCUAGAAGACCAUGUAAAUAUAACCCCGGAUCCGAGUCGGAGGUCAGGGCUUAUUAUUUCUGACUUCAGACGGGAAACCAUUGUCAUGGGCGCAGACGUCAUGUACCUGGCUCCGGGUGGUCAAUCACCCUCGUACGCCAUGGUGAUGAUAGAAAAUAUGGAUUAUGAUAUCACCCGGUAUAAAUUCAAAAUCAAAUGUCAAUCCGGUCGGCAGGAGAUAGAGGAUCUGCGCACAAUGACGAAGGAUCUUCUUAUGUCGUAUAUGAAGUAUGGAACUGAUGGUGUGAGCGUCACGACGCUUCCAAAGCGCCUGAUAUUCUUCAGAGCUGGUUUAUCUGAGGGUGAAUUUCAACGUGUUUUGGACCUGGAACUUCCUCUGCUUCAAGUUGCAUGUGUUGACGCCGGGCUUUUUCCGCGUCCAAAAAUCAUGUUCAUCGCUGUCAAAGAACCUUCUCAUAUGAGUGAAGAUGUGAUCCAAUCUCUGGUUCGUACCCUCUGUUUUGCCCGCGCCAGCCCGACAACUUCGGUGUCUAUCCCUAGUACACCUGUCUAUCAUGCACAUAUUGGAUACAGUCGGGUGAAGACACUCUAUGACUCCCAGGGCACAUCAGGGUCACUUAUGUCCGGGGGGGGGGGGGUUUACAAACCCGAGAAGAGGCGGCACCGAAGACAGCAUCAUGAUGUUCAGGCAAGGCGCAUGUUUUUAACGACAGAAAAGCCACCAUGCAAGAAGCUGCGACUCGAUGGGACCUCCUUUUCGCAAAAUAUUACCCUAAUACCCCCACCUAUCGACCGCCUUCCUACCGAACUUCUCCUCACCAUUUUCUCCAAUCUUUUUCCAGCAAUAUGGAGACACGUAACGCCGAUUCGUCUCUCACUUGUAUGCUCUCGCUGGCGCGCUAUCGUCUUCGCCUCACCCAAUCUCUGGUCGUCCAUCUUCAUUGGACGCUGGUGCGAUACCGAAAUCAUUGGCGCCUAUCUUACCCGUUCUGGUAGCAGGGUGUUGGACAUUUCUAUGCAUGUUCCCAGCGCAGAAACUUUCAUGAACGAGUGCUUCCAAAAGCCCAUCGAACUAUGCGUGGAACACGCCGCUCGGUGGCGGUCGCUCGACGUGACCAUCCCCUUCUCUGGAUUCCUCUCCAUGACUCGACAGGGUAGAUUGGACCUCCCCUUGCUCGAAUCUCUUACCAUCGGCUCAUGCUGGAGCGUCAACGACUUGUCAGACUUGGACGAAGCGUCACGGCUCAUCCGACGAGCACCCAAACUGCGCCAUGUCCGUUUCAGAGGAUCCGUGCACGAGAACUAUUCCUCACCCUCUGCCCUUCCGUGGAAGCAGCUCACGAGCGUGAGCUACUUGAACUGCCAUAGCCCCCUCAUAUUGGACCACCUCGCGUAUCUCGAGAACGUGGAGAGUAUGACGAUCAAGGCGCCGAUGUGCCACCACGCGCAUAUUGGGGAUAAUAUCACUUCGCCGCUGCGUGUGCUUUCCCUACAAACCAUAUACAACUCGCAUUUCCUCUCGGGAAUUCUUGACGCCACCAAACUCUCUCUUCCCGACUUGACGGAGCUGAAUAUCACGCAGAGUGCCAAGACGGUGCCGUCUGUUGUUUCGCCGUUCAUUCGGGGCUUGACGCGGCUGACGUUGGUCGAUAACACGACGUUUGGCGAUGCUGCGGUCAUCGCGCUCCUAGAGAAUACGCCAGAUUUGGAGGAGUUUGUGUUGCGGGAGAGCAAGGGGCAUUCGAUAUCGUGCGUGACGGCGAAACUCCUCGCGUUCAUGUCAAAGAGGUCUGCCGUGCGGAAGCUGACGUCCAUCGAGAUGAUGAUGAACCCGCCUGUCCGUGAAGACUUGCUGUUGGGCAUGAUCCAGUGUCGGGCAACAUUGGAGGCGUUGGUAUCCGUCGAGAUUGGGAUUGCGAAAGGAUGUUUUAUGGGGGAGACGAUGGUGUCGCUCGGGGAGUGUUUCUAUGGGUUUUCGGUCAAAAGUCUUGAUAACGCAUUCUUGCUCAGUCGCCAACGGGCUGCUUUGUGA